AUGCCUAAAAGAAAAUAUCGGCGUUAUGAGGACAGGGAAGAUAAAGUAUUGCUGGACAAAGUUUUGAGCAUGAUAAAAUCAGGACGAAUCUCAAGAACAAGAGCCGCCAAUGAGUUUCAUAUUUCAAAAGGAACAAUAAUAAAUAGGUUAAAAAGUCAGCACUGUGGUAAAAUUGGGCGCCCGUUUGUUUUUUCAAAGGAAGAAGAAAAUGCCAUGGUAGCACACAUUUUAAAAGUUAGUGAAUGGGGAUAUCCUUUUUCCCGAGUUGAUUUGCAACAUUUAGCCAGCGAGUUUCUUAAUAGAAAAGGUGUGAAGGUUCCUCAAUUCCAAGAGGGUAAUUUGCCAACGUUAAAAUGGUGCACCAAAUUCAUAAGACGCCAUGAAAAUAUGUUGUCAUCUAGAAUGUGUCAAAACCUGAAAACAUCCAAAGCACAGGUUUCACCAGAUACCAUAAAGGCAUAUUUUGACGCUUUACAAAUAACUUUAACGGAGAAUAAUGACUUUAUUAGCCCUGAUCGUAUCUUUAACUACGAUGAAACGAACCUCUCUGACGAUCCUGGUACAAAGAAAUAUAUUUUUAAAAAAGGCGUUAAGUACCCAGAGAGGAUUCGAGACUCUACCAAAUCUAGUGUCUCCAUCAUGUUUUGUGGAUCGGCGGCCGGUAAAAUAAUACCACCAUACGUUGUAUACAAAGCUGAAAAAAUAUGGUUAACUUGGAUGGAAGGAGGGCCGCCGAACACUCGUUACAAUCGAAGUAAAAGUGGAUGGUUCGAUGCCACCAUUUUUACUGACUGGUUUUUAAAUCUCUUUGUGCCAUAUGUAAAAAAAUAUAUAAACGGAAGAGUAGUAUUAUUGGGAGAUAAUCUUUCAAGUCAUUUUACUCAGGAGGUUCUUAGUUCAGCUGAGAGGAACAAUAUAACGUUUGCUUGUUUGCCGAAAAACGCAACACAUCUCACCCAGCCUCUAGAUGUAGGUUUCUAUGGUCCGUUAAAAAGAAGAUGGAGAGAGAUUUUAGACAAUUGGAAGCAAUCGCAAAAGAAAAAUUCUCAAACGAUUCAAAAAGAUCACUUUCCACGUUUGUUAAAAAAAUUAACAGAGGUCGUUGCGCCUAACAAUUAUUCACAAAACCUAAUUUCAGGAUUUAAAAAAUGCGGAAUUAGUCCUUUUAAUUCUAAAGAAGUUUUAAACCGCCUACCCCAAGAAAACAAUCACGACCAGAAUUCUACUCCCGCAUCGACUAUGGUUUCCUCAAUAGUAGUAGAUAUGUUAAAAAACAUGAGAUACGGCGAUAAUAGUGACGCCCCAAAAAAACGCAGAUCUAAAGUUAAUGUUCAGGCUGGAGCCAGCAUUUCUGUAGAGGAUUUAUUGCUGAACAAGCCGCCUCAGGUUUCACUGCCUUCUUGUUCCACUGUCUCUACGAAGAAAAGACCUAAAAAGUCAUCAAAGAAAAAUGAGAGUGACGACCAAUCUUCGGUUUCUGAAGAAGACAUACAUUAUAUGGAUUCUUCAGAAGAUGAAAAUUGGGAGACUUAUUGUGAAAAACAGUUAAAGGAACAAGAAAGAGAAUGGUCGUCUGAUGAUGAGCAGCCUUGGCAGAAUUAUCUAACGCAAUCGAAAAAAAUGAAACCCAGUUAA